AUGACUUGGGACCUCAACCGUCGUCGCUUCGCCCGUGCGGUUAACAGCAAGUUCAUCUUUGGUCGUAUUCCUCUACUCCACGCUGUAAUAUUCUUCAUCGAAAUGACUAUCGUUGCGAGGCUAGUAUCGAGGUUCAAUGCCUACUAUGACGAACGACCAGUUCUCACCAUGAUGGUGACCAACGCUGUGCUCGGUGGCAUCGCCGACACAGUCGCCCAGACCAUAACCUCAGUACGAGAGCGAGCUCUCCGCAAGCCUGGCGGCAUCACAAAGGACGACUCCAUCGCAGUCGAAAUCCACGAGCUCGAUCGCAAGAACCCACUGUACGAGCGCGACCUGAUCCCCGACUCGAAACUUCUGCCGCCGCCUUUCGACUUUGAACGCCUUACCCGCUUCAUGGCUUACGGCUUUGCCAUGGCGCCGGUGCAGUUCAAGUGGUUCUCGUUUCUGUCGCGCGCGUUCCCGAUCACCAAGACGGCUUCAAUGGGACCGGCAAUGAAGAGGAUGGCAUUUGAUCAGCUUGUCUUUGCGCCUUUUGGUAUCGCUUGUUUCUUCACCGUCAUGACGGUCGCCGAGGGCGGUGGUAAGAGAGCUGUCACGCACAAGCUCAGAGAUAUGUACAUCCCGACGCUCAAGGCCAACUUCAUGGUUUGGCCGGCUGUGCAGAUGAUCAACUUUCGGUUGAUGCCCGUACAGUUCCAAUUGCCUUUUGUGUCGACUAUCGGUAUUGCGUGGACUGCCUACCUCUCACUGAGCAACUCAUCGGAGAACGUACCUCAAGCCGUCGAUGCUCCUCGCUCGCCUGACAUUCGCCUCCCCUAG